AGCUAAGCCCCUCCCCCUUCUCCGCGGCCGCCAUGUUUAUGCCAGAGAGACUAUGACAGGAAGGAGAAGCUUCUGCUAGCUGCGCCGGCUGCGUGCAGAGAGACGCACGGACGGAAGAGGCUGCGGCAGAUCGGGAGCCGGCUUCAGCACGGUCGUGUCGCUGCUCUGUCCUGUCCGGUGACAGAGCUGCUCGGUGCUCGGGAGGGGGUGACGCAGUUUCCGGGAAUGAGGCAGUGAAGGGCUCCGGAGCCGCUGUGUGUGUGUCUGCCUAGAAAUACCUCUCCCUCCCCGCGGGGUAUUUAUAGAUCGGGACCAGGAGCGAUCCGUGUUCUGCCGAUUAACCCCCUCACCCCCUGCAGGAGUGAAACUUUCCAGCGUGCAGGGGGAGGGCAGCUCGUCACCUGCUACAGAAGACCCCACUGUGCCCCCCCAUGCCAAGGCUGCCCCCUGCACCCCUGGAGACCCCUCUGCUGCUCUGGAUAUAACACAGCCGCUGGGAAGUAUCAGCCUCAUCAUCCUCUGCAAGUUCCUCUGCUCUGUGCCCCUCUGUCAUUGUCAAGAUGUCAAAUCCUGUGCCAGCGGACAUGAUUAAUUUACGCCUUAUCUUGGUAAGCGGCAAGACAAAAGAAUUUCUCUUUUCACCAAACGAUUCGGCGGCAGACAUCGCUAAACACGUGUAUGACAACUGGCCGAUGGAUUGGGAAGAGGAGCAGGUCAGCAGUCCGUGCAUUCUCCGACUCAUUUAUCAAGGGCGUUUUCUCCACGGCAAUGUGACUUUAGGAGCAUUAAAACUUCCCCUUGGCAAGACAACAGUGAUGCACUUGGUUGCCAGAGAGACAUUGCCAGAGCCAAAUUCUCAAGGUCAAAGGAACCGCGAGAAGACCGGAGAGAGCAAUUGCUGUGUAAUUCUGUAAAUGGCGACGUGUCUGCAAAGUGUGAUGUAAUAUAGUACUUGUCUAUCAUGCUGCUGGAAUAGAGGAGACCCAUUGCUUCAGAGAACCUUAGAUCAACACCCUGUCAUAAUCUCCACAGAAGUGAUAUAUUACAUGGACACUCUCAUAGAUUUCUCUUCAUGGCAAGAGACGGAGGACAUUCUCAUACUGAUUUGCCCUUUAUUUUUGUUUAUCUUGCAGAGUAACUUUGUAGUAUGUUAUAGUAUAUCCAUUUUUAAUGCAUUAAGUCUCCAGGGGUUAAAAAAUAAAAAAUUCAAUAUGUUCUCUUCUACAACAAUACUCGUUCAUGCUGCAGCAUACAGAUCGCAGAUUCCAGGCUGUCUCUAUGCAGGUUGCACUACCAUCUGGUCGCCGACCUCGACAACUGAUAGCUGUAGCCAUACUUGAUACAACCACCGACAAGACGCGCUCGACACUGGAAGCCGACGGAAAUCGACAGUAUUAGAGAAAGCGACUCCUGCCUAAUGCAAUGACCGCCUGUGGCGGCACAAGGUAGUCCCAGGAGAUUCGACCAUACGGCGAUGAACAAAGCUAAAACGUGCCUGAAAGCACUCUGCAGGGGGCUCUGGAGAGUCGUUGCGUAUGUACAAUUGGUGCACUCUUAUCUCGCGCAUACCGUUGCAUGCAUGCUCAUACCAAGCAUACGAGAGGAGUGCCUUUCCUAGCCUUAAUGUGGGAGGGUUAAUUUUCCUGUAGUCCAUAAGCCUUUCUUCUUAUCGUGCAGAGAUAGUAGCAGAUGUCAUUUAUUAAUCAAUCAAUGUUUUAAUAUCCGACGUGAGAAAAUUACAAAAAUACUCAUCCGUAACCUGCCGCCCGAUCUCAUGCCUAAACCGGUAAGCGGCUCCCCGAAGACAACAGCUCUCAACUAUAGUACUAGUUUUAUUCCUUUUUAUUUUUUAUUUCUUUAUGUAAUUUGCAUUUAUACUAGUGCUUGCGAGGAUAUUCAGAUUCCGACGAGAAAGCCAAGACGCCAUUUUUGUCAUUUCACAGCGGAUAAUUUAAGACAUGCUAUAAUGAAUUUGCACAGCACUAAAGCAUGACGCUAUAGUUCAUUUAAAAAAAAAUAAUAAACUGUAAAGAUAUAUAAACAUUUUUUUUAUAUAUUUUUUCCACUAGGGAGGAAAGUCUUCCUGGUUGAAAAUUACAAAUAUGUGUAGGAUAUAUUUAAUUAAAAAAAUAAAAGAUAUAAAAUGCAUUAUUAUAGAAUCUAACCAUAGAUUGGCGUAGUGUCAUAGGACAAUAUUACUAGACGUCGCUUUUGCCUUUGGAACACACAAAGUCGCGGGUUGACCUGGCGCUCUAUGUACAAUACUCAGAUACUCCGUGGAUUUAUUUCUUCUUCGGCCUCAUUUUAAUCAGAUGAUUUUGUUCAUUUCCCCCGACUCAGUGCUUUGUAGGCAUUUGGUCUUAAAAUCAUUCAUUCUGAUCCAAAUUUGUAAAGAACGGUUAAAAAAAAUAUAUAAAGACAAAAAGCUAACACUUUGUAUAUAGCACUAAUUUUUUUUUUUCUUUCUGCAACCUGUACUGAUAUAGAUUAUUCUGUAACAAAAUAAAAUAAUAUUGUAGUGCAUUUUUAUUUUGUUGGUUGUCUGGUGGUUCUGAUUGGGACUGUAAUUGCUUUGAAUUUUUUUUUGAUAAAAACUGGAAAAAAAAUAUGAAAAUUGAAAUCAAUGCAAAUUAUUUUUUUUUUGUUUCUGCAAAUUAAUCCCACUGAUUACUUUUGUAAUCCCAUUGAUAGUGAACUGUAUGAGAUUUUCCUGUAUAGCUAUAUAAUAAAGUAAAUUGUCACAAUGUUGUGACGUCUGGCUCUGA